CGCGUUUUCAAGAUGGUAGCGACGCGUUAUUAGUCGCUCCUUCACCGGGAUCGUAACCACACCAAUACCUGCCACUCCCCUUUAAAGUCAAGGCAGAACAUGAUAUUCUGUUCACCGACCAGUACUGCCCACCGUGUGCGAUUACGCGCGAUAAGAAGGAGAAUUCUUGAUCAGGACGAGAAAUCACUAACAUGAUCGGGUUUGCAACGCCCGGCAGGCGUAAACGAUACCAUAGUGCUCAGCUUGAGUUUACACUCCGUAAAGUGUUUGGAAAGCCUUCAUUUAGACCCCUUCAGCGGGAAGUCAUUACCGCGACAUUGGAGGGAGAAGAUGUCUUCCUUCAAGCUGCAACAUCAUUCGGGAAAAGCUUAUGCUACCAGCUUCCAGCGGUGGUUGAUUAUGGCCUCACCAUCGUGAUAUCUCCUCUCCUUGCACUCAUGAACAAUCAAGUCGCCGCAAUGCGCAAAGCCAAUAUUCGCGUCGAAACUAUCAACAGCACAACCACUCCUACCGACAAAUCCCGCAUCAUCGAAGACCUCCAAUGCGGCCACCCUCUUACCCGACUCCUCUACAUCACGCCCGAAUACUGCGAACUGGACUCCUUCCGUCGCAUCCUCCGCAUCAUCCACAGCCAAGGCGAGCUCGCCCGCAUCGCCAUUGACGAAGCCCACUGCAUCAGCGAAUGGGGUCACGACUUCCGCCCAGCGUUCAAAUCCCUCUCCUUCUUCAAAACGGAGUUCCCAAACGUCCCCAUGAUCUGCCUCACCGCGACCGCAACCUCUCGCGUCAGAGACGACAUCACUCGGACCCUGAAUCUAGACACUUCGAAGCUGAAAAUGUUCCGCAUGACCACCAGCCGGCCCAACCUGCAUUACGAAGUCCGCUUCAAAUCCGACGAAGAAGACCACUAUCCCAACUUCCUCUCCUGGCUCAAAGCCGUGCAUUCAAGGCGUGCAUCCAACCCAGCCCGCGCUACCCAACUCGCCUCGCAGAAUGCCCGCACCGAUAACGUCCCAGGUAUCAUUUACACGCUCUUCCGCAAAGACUGCGAGAGCCUAGCCGCAAGACUCCGUGCAGACGGCAUAGGAGCGAAACCGUACCAUGCGGGAUUGCCGCAUAGUGAGCGCGCAGACGCGCUGGCGGGAUGGGUUGCCAAUAAACCAGGUUACGAUGUCAUAGUCGCUACGACGGCGUUUGGCAUGGGCAUCGACAAGGAAAACGUGCGAUUUGUAGUACACUGGCAGAUUCCGAAAUCAUUCGAGGGCUUCUACCAAGAAGCCGGACGCGCUGGCCGGGACGGAAAAGCCAGCAUGUGCAUCUUGUACUACGGGAGGGAAGAUCGGGAUCGGGCUGCUCAGAUGAUGAGUCUGGACCAGCAGCGGGUGCCAAAGAAAGGGGGGAAUGUGGAGAGUCAGCAGCAGCAGAUGGUGAAUCGGGCGAAGAGUUUGCAGGCGCUGAUUGACUACUGUGAGGGCACGGAUAGGUGUCGACAUAAGGCGAUUGCGCAGUAUUUUGCGGAUGAGGGAGAGGUGGAGUGCGAUUUUGCCUGUGAUUGGUGUAAAGAUAAGGAGGGGUUGGUUAGGAGGAAGGAGAGGGGGUUGUUGAGUGAGGAGAUUUAUUCAACGCAGAGGGAAAUGGGGAGGUAUAGCGUCGAUGAGUAUGAGUGAGGGUGCGAUGAAGGCAGGGGGAUUGUCUGUCUUUUGCAAGGCGUUACGAAACCAAGAUGUAUGAAGGGAUUUCAUGAAGGGCAUAUGACAUAAACGGUCGUCAAUGAAUAUAUGGUUCCUCUUCCGUCGAGGUUAUAUGGGCUAGACAGGCAU